CGAUGAAGAGGGCCCGAACGGCCCGGCAGCCGCGCUUUGCGGUGAGUUGCUCCUGCCUCUGAACAACCUAGGUAUAUACAACAUGAACCUACACGAAUGGCGGCUUGGUGGCCUCACCUCACUCCCUCCCUUCCGGGCCACAGCACUGUCCAAGCACCCAGCACCGAGCAGAGAGAAUGCUCGGCCAAGUGUCUCCGAGCCUCAGAAACCCGCUCGAACCGUGGUGCUCCGGUGGUGUUGCCUGCAGGCCACUCUGGUUCCUUCAGUUCUCAUUGGCUGUUGAGUCUGUCUGAACUCUGAACCCCGCACCACAGCAGGGCAUUAACAA